AUGGCUCCCUCCGCCGUUGUUACGUCGACCGCCCAUGAUGGUGAGCAAGACGUAAACCUGACUGCUUCUGCUAUCAUCCACCAAACUAGUGGGCAAACUGCUCACUCAUCGAACGGACACGGCAACGGCGUAUCUCAACCAAACGUCCAGGAACUAAAUGCUUCAAACAUCACUUACACAUUUACCAAGGAGCCUCGUGAUGUUCCUGCUCCGGGUGUCAACUCUAUCAAUGAUUCAACCAUUUGCACAGACCACAUGGUCACCGUAGCGUGGUCGGCGAAGUCCGGCUGGGAAACACCAGAGCUAAAACCUUACGGACCCCUAUCUCUUAUGCCUACAGCGUCAGUCCUUCACUACGCCACGGAGUGCUUUGAAGGUCUCAAGGCGUACCGUGGUUUCGACGGCAAGCUGCGUCUGUUUCGACCCGACUGCAAUGCCACGCGAUUUCUCAUGUCCUCGGUGCGCAUCAGCUUACCAUCUUUCCCUCCUGCCGAAGUAGAAAAGCUGCUCUUGGCGCUGAUGUCUGUAGACGGUCCCAAAUGGCUGCCUCGUGACCGCCCUGGAAGUUUCAUCUACCUGCGUCCGACACUUAUCGGAACUCAGUCGCAGCUCGGUGUGCAGGCUCCAUCAGAGGCCCUUCUAUACAUCAUUUCCAGCUAUAUGCCAGUCUUGGACUCGCCAGCAGGUGGUCUGAAGCUCCACACAUCGCCGGACGACAUGGUGCGUGCUUGGGUUGGCGGAUUUGGUUAUGCCAAAGUUGGUGCAAAUUACGGCCCUUCUCUUCUAGCGACGAAAGAGGCCCGCGCGAGAGGAUUCGGCCAAAUCCUAUGGCUGUAUGGCAGUGAAGGCUACUGCACAGAAGCUGGAGCGAGCAACUUCUUUGUCCUGUGGAAAACCAAGGAAGGAAAAACUCAGCUUGUCACAGCGCCACUAGAUGACAGAUUGAUCUUAGAUGGUGUUACUAGGCGCAGCGUGCUGCAGCUUGCUCGUGAGAGAUUCGGCGAUGAGAUAGAAAUUGUAGAGAGAAGGUAUACCAUUAAGGAGGUAUUGGAGGCUAGCACGGAAGGAAGGCUGCUGGAAUCUUUUGCUGCUGGUACAGCGUUCUUUGUCUGCCCUAUUUCGCUCAUCCAUCACCGCGGGCAAGACAUCCAGAUCCCUAUGGGCAAGGCGGGCGAAGGUGGCCUAUACACGCUCAAGCUAAAGGGCUGGCUUAAGGAUAUCAUGUACGGAAACGAAGACCACCCAUGGGGCGUCGUCGUACAGGAGGAACAUUAG